AAAUACUUCUGAGAGAAAAUGAAGUCUCUAAACUUAUCGACAAAACUACAGUUUCCUACCAUCUUGGGUGUAGGAGACGCUCAGUGUGGAUAUCUUGAGAAUAUCCUAAUGGACUCUUUCUUGAAAGCCCAUUCUGAAGAUAAGCAAUGGCAGACAAGCAUGUCUAUUAACUACUUCGCAGGAUCAAUGACUGGAUGUGCCAUGCCAUUCGGGCAGACUCUCAAUCAGAUUAGUACUAAGUUACCUUCUAUCGACUUGAUUGCAAAGUUGGGAGAUAAAGAAGAAGGUGCCAGUACUCAACCAGAAGUCUCAUUCACCAAUACCCUCCAAGAUGUUAAGGCUAUCUCUGACAAUAUAUUCUGCCAAGGUGUCACUACUGAAUCGGACUGUUUCAUUCCAAAAUGUACUAAAUCCAGAGAUAUAGCUAGUUCUGAAGAUCAUACCUUGGAAAAUUCCGCAACUACCAAACUGUCUAAGGAGGAGAAAAGAGGAAAGAAGAACUUCGAUGCUCACAGCUACAUGGAAAAUGAGAGAAGAAAGUUACUUGUAAAAUUGGACAAAAGCAAUGAUGAUAGAGUAAUUUUCUCAAAGAGAGUCAAGAAGCUUAGAAAGAAUGCUAAUCAUUCAGCUCAAUCUUACAGAGGAUCCAGAUUCUGGGGAGUUUCAAAGAAUAAAAACAAAUGGCAAGUUAUGAUCACUCUCAACCACUUCAAGGAAUACAACGGAGGAUUCUCAGAUGAAUUUGAAGCUGCUAAGAUCUAUGAUAGAAAAAGCAUUUGUACUUUCGGGCUCAAAGCUAAGACUAACUUUGACUACACCAAGAAACAAGUCCUUGAGAUACUUGUAAACGAUUGCCCUAUCGUUUUGUAAAUCUCUUGUACUGUUGAGGGAUACCUUGACACUUAGUGCACACUUGAGUGCUCUACACCUACUUUUAC